AUGAGUUUUUCAAAAAACCAUUUGUUUUUUCUUAGUUCCCUAUUGAUUUUGACAUGUAGUGCUUUCGGCUCCCAAGUUUCUCACGAUGGACGAGCCAUUACAAUAGAUGGGCAACGCAAACUUAUCAUCUCCGGUUCAAUCCAUUAUCCACGAAGUACUGCCGAGAUGUGGCCGGAUUUGAUCAAGAAAGCGAAAGAGGGAGGAUUAAAUGCUAUCGAAACCUAUGUUUUUUGGAAUAUACACGAGCCUCAACGUCGUCAGUAUGAUUUUAGUGGCAAUAACGAUCUCAUAAGGUUUCUCAAGACAAUUCAGGACCAAGGACUUCACUCUAUUCUUCGCAUUGGGCCUUAUGUUUGUGCAGAGUGGAACUAUGGUGGAUUUCCUGUAUGGUUACAUAAUAUGCCUGGUCUUGAGAUGCGCACUGCAAAUGAUGUUUUCAUGAAUGAGAUGCAAAAUUUCACGUCAUUGAUAGUCCAUAUGAUUAAAAAAGAGAGUUUAUUUGCGUCGCAAGGAGGUCCUAUUAUUCUUGCACAAAUUGAGAAUGAAUAUGGUAAUGUUAUUUCGUCGUAUGGAGAUGCUGGCAAAGCAUAUCUUAAUUGGUGUGCAAGCAUGGCUGAGUCACUCAAUAUUGGAGUUCCAUGGAUUAUGUGCCAAGAAAGCGAUGCUCCUGAACCAAUGCUGAACACAUGCAAUGGAUAUUAUUGUGAUCAAUUCACUCCGAACAAUCCAAACACCCCAAAAAUUUGGACUGAAAAUUGGACUGGAUGGUUUAAGAAUUGGGGUGGUCCAGAUCCUUUAAGAACUGCUGAAGAUGUUGCCUUCGCUGUUGCACGGUUUUAUCAGAAUGGAGGCGCGUUGCAAAACUAUUAUAUGUACCACGGUGGAACAAACUUUGGAAGAACUGCUGGUGGCCCGUACAUUAGCACAACCUACGAUUAUGAUGCACCUCUCAAUGAAUACGGUACUCCAAAUCAACCAAAAUACGGACACUUGACGCAGCUUCAUAAUAUUUUGAUGUCAAUGGAAAGGACUCUCACUUAUGGAAAUGUUAAUUCUACUGACUAUGGAAAUUCCUUAUAUGGAACUGUUUAUACCCUCGAUAACACAUCGAGUUGUUUCUUCGGCAAUGGAAAUGAAACAAGCGAUGCGACGGUAAAUUAUCAAGGAGUUGAUUACAAUGUACCCGCAUGGUCGGUCAGUAUUCUUCCUGACUGUAAGACAGAAGUUUACAACACGGCUAAGGUAAACACUCAGACUAAUUUGAUGGUGAAGAAGUCGAAUGAGGCAGAGGCCGAACCCGCCUCAUUGAAAUGGAGUUGGAGACCCGAGAUUAAUCUCGAACAAACUCUGGUUCAAGGAAAGGGACAACUUUCUACAAGCAUGAUUGUGGAUCAAAAGGUUGCAAAUGAUGUUAGUGACUAUUUGUGGUACAUGACCAGUGUCAAUCUCGAAAAGGAUGAUCCCAUCUGGACUGAUAAUAUGAGCAUUCGCGUGAAUGCGACUGGACAUAUUUUGCACGCUUAUGUCAAUGGCGACUAUCUUGAUUCUCAGUGGGCAACUUAUGGUGUAUCCAACUAUGUAUUUGAGAAGAAGGUUAAAUUGAACCCCGGAACGAAUCAAAUAACUUUACUCAGCGCAACCAUUGGUUUUCAAAACUAUGGUCCGAGGUUCGAUAUUGUACAAGCUGGGAUAUCCGGACCAGUCGAGAUCGUUGGUAGGAAAGGCGACGAGACAAUCAUAAAAGACCUGUCAUUGCACAAGUGGUCGUACAAGGCUGGAUUGCACGGCCUGGAUGACAAAAUCUACAGUUCAGAUUCUAAAUUUGCUGCUCAAUGGAGUACAGAAAAUCUUCCUCUUAAUAGAAUGUUGACAUGGUACAAGACUACAUUCAAGGCGCCAUUAGGAGAAGAUCCAGUUGCUUUAGAUAUGCAAGGUUUAGGCAAAGGUAUGGCUUGGGUGAACGGAAAUAGUAUUGGUCGUUACUGGCCGAGUUAUAUGGCAGAAGAUGAUGUAUGUUCGACCGAUGUCUGUGAUUAUCGCGGUUCAUAUUAUAGCACCAAAUGUGCUUCAAACUGUGGUCAACCUACUCAAAGAUGGUACCAUGUUCCUCGUUCCUUCAUUAACGAUGGUGAUAAUGAAUUGGUGCUUUUCGAGGAAUUUGGAGGAAACCCGACCCUUGUCAACUUCCAAACUGUUACAGUUGGAACAGCUUGCGGCAGUGCCUAUGAGAACAAGAAUAUGGAACUAUCGUGCCAGGGUCGUCCAAUUUCUGCCAUCAAAUUUGCUAGCUUCGGCGAUGUACAAGGAACUUGUGGCUCAUACGACAAGGGCAGCUGCACAAGCGAAACAGAUGCACUAUCAAUCGUCCAAAGUGCCUGCGUUGGUAAAGAAUCGUGUACAGUUUCUGCAUCGGAGAGCACUUUUGGCACGGCUGACUGCGCCGACGGCAUAUCCAAGAGGCUUAUCGUAGAAGCAGUUUGCUAG